GACCGUCUCGACUACAACGAAACUUUGGUCUCCUCGUUGCACAACACAAUUGAAAGGCCUGAUUCGUCCCCACGUCGUUGUGUGCGUGACGCACGUUUUAGGAAACACCACCGAUACCAGUCGGAAGACACGGGUUGUCUACCAAGAGUGUGUCCAACGUGCAUGAAACUUACAUUACUCUACCAUACUGUACUUUAUUGCACGGUUCUCUCCUCUAAUUUUCCUGCAGUACUGGCAACAUACCAACUGCGUCUGAACUAGAACAGAUAGGCUCAAGUGAGGUGGUUGAACACGCAGGAGCCAACGGACGCUACCCAUUAAGGAUAUGACAUCGGCCGAGUGUUCCGAUUGUACACGCACCCAGAAAGUCUGAAUGUUCUGCUUCCUAUCAGAUUGCGGAGAAAUGAGCACGGUUGUCUCAUCUUUGGCACUGGGCUUCUAAAACGAGAAUUAGAGUUAGCGCAGAGAAAAACCUUAUGGGGAGAAAGUUGCACCCGCGUUUCAGAAAUAAGAACUACACGAAUUACAUGAAAGUCUACUUAGAGUUUGGAUGGUCUCUCUUGCGAGCAGACGAACGAUUGUGUAUAUCUUCACUCAUGAUCCCAUAUUUCUCCCCUAUUUUAUUUUUCUUUUCGGCAGAGCGCGGAGUGUGGAGGGGAUCAUCGAUUGGCUGAAACCCUCAAAGACAACAACAUGUCGAAGCCGGACUACGGCAAACAGGGCAGCGUCUUCCUCAUCACUUCAAAUGGGGAGACCAUUCGACUGCCGAUUCCAUCUCGUUCCCCAAACGACCCGUUGACAUGGAGUUCUCUCAAAACAUUUUUCUUCCAUCUUUCCAUGGCAGUCUUUACAAUUGUUGGAUUGAUCCUAGUGCAAGGCACCAGUCUUCUUUUGCACAGCUUGGAGUCCGAGUAUUCCCCAGAGGAAAUCGCCCCACUACGGCUCGACGUACUUUCCUCUGUACCCUGUCUCUUCUGGGGAGUAGGCGCAUUGAUAUGGGUACCACUUUCCAUGGCGAUAGGUCGACGACCGGUCUUCAUUUUCUGCUCGAUACUGCUCACACUAUCGACCUUGAUGGCAGCAUUCUCCAACAACUUCUAUACUCACCUUGCUGCACGAUGUCUUCAAGGUAUUGCCGGGUCUAUCUCCCCAAGCACAAUGAUCCUCAUGAUCCUUGAUGUUACGUUCAUCCACGAGAGACCGAGGAACAUCGCCCUCUUCUGGUGCCUCUGCAACGGGUUGUCCAAUGUUGGCCUGGCAUUCACGCCACAUAUCGUUGCAGCGGGUACCUCCUGGCGCGCUUUCUACUGGACGUGGCUAGGUCCAUGUAUCCUAACUAUUUUCCUCGCUGUUAUCUGGGCUCCCGAGACAUAUUUCAAACGACCUCCUAUGGCUUUCGAUGGCCAUAUAGUUGCACAGAGCGAGAGCGGUAAGGUCACGGUCUACAACUCUUGGGAGGAGGUACCCGGAGGAAAACCAAUGCCAGAUGAGCCGCAAGAGUGGACAUCAUCAGCUUUCCUCAAGAAUGUUCUUUUCUGGAACCGAACAACGACAGGAGGAUGGCCCGCGAUGAAAGCGUUCCCUCGACAGAUUCUGAUCUGUACAAUCAAUCCGCUCAUACUCUGGGUCUUGAUCCUCAACGCCUUCGUCUUCGGUGGCAUGGUGGUCACAUGUGCGAAUUACGUCCCUCUACUAAUGGAGCCACCUUACAACUUCACAUUCAAGCAAAUCGGCCUCGUCAAACUCGCUUCAUUUACUGGGGCUCUAUUAGCCUUCCCUGCAUCCGGUAUUCUCACAAGUUGGGUCACCAAGCUCCUCGCCACGAAAAACCGCGGCGUGCACGAACCGGAGCACUAUCUCCCGUCUUUCAUCCUGCCCGUUGUGACAGCCGCUAUCAGUUUAGCGCUCUUUGGAAUCGCAGCAGAGAGGGAGUGGAAUUGGAGAUGGAUCUUGUUCUUCGUGGGGCUGGAUUACUUCAGUUCUGUCGCGAUGUUCACUGCGAAUACGCUCUGGAUCACAGAAGCUUUUCCACGGUGGGCGGGAGCGGCUGUCACGAUUGUUGGUGCAGGUGGAUAUGCGAUGAGCUUUGUGCUGGGAUCGACGAUCGUACCGUGGAUCAAGUCCCAGGGGGUCGGGAAUACGUAUGUGGAGUUGGGGAUCCUUACUUGGCUUGUUGGACUGAUUGGGUUCCCGGUCAACUUCUGGGGCAAGCGGUUCCGAGAGUACAUUUACUCGAAGUGGGAGUGAUGGUUGGGUGGCAUUGGCACUGAUUGGUCAAGGGCCUGGUGCCUUGGAGGAGGCUGUAAUUGUAUAAUAGAAUGAUCCUGAUCAAAACCCAGACCUGAAAGAGCAAUAAUUACAAACAAUUGUGCUGGC